AUGAUGAAGGCUAACCGACUACUGAUGAAGGCUAACCGAUCAUUGAAGAUCAGACAAUUGAAGGCUAAGCUUGUGCAGGUUAAGAAGUUGCUCGAGAUUGAGAAGCAACGUGGAAAGGUGGUGAAUCAAGUCAAAAAAGUUUGGCAAGACAAAAAAUGGUGGGAGGAGAUGAGCUAUCAACAGCUUGAACAUCUCAAAGUUACCCUGCUGAAUUUGAAAGCUAUCGUAACAAAGUAUUUUCAUUUGGUCAUCCGUGUGGACGAAAUAGCUCAGCGUUUAUUCCGUAGUCCUGGUUCUUCAUCCUCAACGGAUCUGGGUUCUUCAUCCUCAACGGGUCUCUCCCAUGAGAACCAACAACUAGUGGAGGCUAAAGCUAGAGAACAAAAUGCUCGACUUAUGCAUGCGCAAGAUCAAGUAAUUGUCGAGUAG